AUGAGUCAAAUCCAUUCCCAGAGGCUGCCAAAUCCAGACGUGGAGGAAUGUCCAGGCGAUCCUUUCCUCCAGCAUGAUGCCACCAAGAAGCCCAUGACGGCCGAAGAUGCCUUGGAGAUUGCCAUCGGAGAAAGCCAGAAUAUCGAGUACACGAUUGAGUCUGAUAAUUCGCCUUACCUGGAAGUUCGCGCCAAUGUGCCCAAUACAGACGAUCCGACGCUGCCGAUUAAUACAUUUCGGAUGUGGUUCUUGGGUGUUGUGUUUACGUUGGUCGGUACGGGCGUGAAUCAGUUCUUUUCCAUGCGUUAUCCUAGCGUGACUAUUACGUCGCUUGUCGCGCAGCUGAUCAGUUAUCCUGUUGGCUGCUUCUUUGCCAAGGCGUUGCCGAUUAUGUCGAUUCGGGUCUUUGGGCGGAACAUUUCCAUCAAUCCGGACCAUCAUUUCAACGUGAAGGAGCAUGCCGUGAUAACGAUCAUGUCAAAUCUUAGUUUUAACCAGUCUUGGGCUAGUGCUAUCAUUCAGGCUCAAAAGGUGUAUUUGCAGAUGGAGACACCCGUAGGCUAUCAGAUCCUACUGUCAUUAUCAAUGCAGAUGUUUGGGCUGGGCCUUGCUGGUUUAGCCUAUCGAUACAUUAUUGAGCCACCGCAGAUGAUCUGGCCAUCGACCCUCGCCAACGCUGCCUUGUUUCAAACACUACACAGUGGCGCGAAUCCUAUUGCGGAUGGCUGGGGAAUCUCUCGCUAUCGCUUCUUCUUGUAUAUCUUUAUCGGAAGUUUCUGCUGGUAUUGGUUUCCGGGAUACAUCUUCACAGGCCUGAGUACAUUUGCGUUCAUUUGCUGGGCUGCGCCAGAUAACAAAGUAUUGAACAACUUGUUUGGCAUGACCACCGGCCUCGGAUAUCUUCCGACCACUUUCGACUGGAGCCAGAUCGCAUACAAUACAUCCCCCCUCGUGAUUCCCUUCUGGGCCCAGGCCAACGUUUUCGCUGGGUGGUUCUGCGUGUAUGCCGUGGUGGCCCCGAUUCUAUAUUACACAAACACCUGGUUCACCGCGUAUCUUCCAUUGACAGGAUCAGACGCGUAUGACAAUACUGGGAGUAUUUAUGACUCGAGCCGUAUCUUAGACGACACGGGUGCGAUUGAUGAGGCGAAGUAUCGAGAAUACAGCCCGAUUUUCUUGCCCAUUACCUUUGCGCUUAGUUAUGGCUUGGGGUUUGCUGUGCUGAGCUGCCUGUUGACGCAUGUUGUAUUGAAUCAUAGCAAGGAUAUCUGGAACACGAUGAGGGGCCAGAACAAGAAGGAUAUCCAUGCUAGGUUGAUUUCUCACUACCCAGACGUGCCGUGGUGGUGGUAUGGCAUUUUGACGAUCAUCAUCGUCGCUGUGGCGAUAUUGACGCAGUAUGUUUGGCAUACUGAACUUCCGUUCUGGGGCGUUUUCAUCACCCUGGCCUUGGCUGCUCUUUAUGUAAUUCCUGUUGGCACGGUAUAUGCCGUUGCGAACUUGAAUAGCAAUGUUUUGACCGUGCUUGGGGAGAUUGUUUCGGGAUAUCUCAUCAGAGGAAGACCGCUUGUUCUUUUGAUUUUCAAGUUUUAUGCUUAUACGGGUCUCAGUCAGGCCAUGUUCUACGGUGCAGAUAUGAAGCUUGGACUGUACAUGAAGAUCCCACGUCGCACAUUAUUUGUUGCACAAAUAGUUGCCUGUAUACUUGGUACCUUGACGCAAAACGGUGUUUUACUCUGGAUGCUCGGGAACGUCGAGGACGUAUGUGCAAGCGACCAAUCGAACAACUUUACCUGUCCUCAAGGUCGAGUGAACUACAACAGUGCUGUGUUCUGGGGAGCCAUUGGCCCUGCUCGACUGUAUAACAUUGGAAAGCGAUAUUCUGGUCUUCUGCACAUGUUCUGGAUUGGGGCAUCGCUGCCAAUCAUUACAUUUUUCCUUCGCAAGAAGUUUCCUAAGAAUCGCUUCCUCGAUGCUGUGCAUUGGCCCAUCUUCUUUGCCGGGACCGGCAACUUACCCCCUGCGACCGGAAUCAACUAUACUACUGCGUUUGUGGUCAGCUUUAUCUUCAACAAGCUCAUCAAAGGCCGCAAGCCCAACUGGUGGGCCAAAUACAACUACGUGCUCUCGGCAGCUCUGGAUUCCGGCGUGGCAGUGUCUGCCAUUGUGAUUUUCUUUGCCCUGGUGUUUCCUCAGGUGUCUUUGAGCUGGUGGGGAAACAAUGUGAACAGCGGGACGGUCGACAGCAAGGGGACGCCGUGGUUGGUGUUGGGCAAGAAUCAGACCUUUGGCGAGAAAAGCUGGUCGUGA